AUGUCCUCAACACUGCUAAUGGUAGCUGUCGGUGAAGCAACCCUUCCUAUUUGGAAGGAACACUUCAAGACCUUGCUGAACCGGCUAGCACCGUCAGCUCCUGAACUCGAACACGUUCAUAGACCGACAUAUGCGGUUAACGAGGAGCCACCGACCGAGUCGGAGGUCCUGGUCUGUAUUCAGAAAAUGAAGAAUGGAAAAUCUGGUGGAGACGACGGGAUUAGCGCAGAAAUGCUAAAAUAUCUUCCUCCGUCUGGGAUUCGUGAGAUGACAAAGAUCAUCCGUUCAAUAUGGAUAAGCGAAAGGAUACCUGAUUCGUGGAGACACGCUAUCAUAAUUCCCCUCCACAAGAAGUUAUCCGUCACGGACCCAAGGAAUUAUCGAGGAAUCUCUUUGCUGCGUGUUAUGUACAAGGUACUGGAGCACAUUAUCCUGGACCGACUCAUUAAACAUCGCGAAGAAACAACGCGCGACAAGCAAGCUGGCUUUCGUCCUAGCCGAUCUACGAUUGACCAGGUGUUCAUCGUCAGGAGAGUGAUCGAAAUCUGGCAGCGGUAUUCGAAACCAAUGCAACUAGCGUUUCUGGACUUUGAAGCCGCGUUCGACUCUCCUCACCGAGGCCGUCUUCUGAACGCGCUUCGCGCCGAUGGAGUACCAGGAAAGUUCGUUCGCUUGCUUGAUGACAUGAAUCAACGAACAACUGCUGCAGUUCGAACACCAGCCGGAUGUACAACACCGUUUGAAGUGGUAACUGGAGUAAGACAAGGGGCAGUGGCAGGACCUUUCCUGUUCAAUUUCGCAAUCGACGACAUUAUGCGAAGAACAGUCGACAAGUGUCCUGCCGACAUUGUCUUAGCACCAUCUGGGUGCCCCUUGACUGACCUCGAGUACGCCGACGAUGUUGUUAUAUUCGUGGAAAGCAGUACGAAACUUCAACAUGUUGUCAACCUUGUAUCGAAGCAGGGUGCAGCCUAUGGACUACGCCUACGCCCUGAUAAAUGCAAGCAGAUGUGGAUCUCUUCGAGACCACGAACGGGAAUCAGGGUGGACGGACAACCGAUAGAACUCGUCGAUGAGUUCUGUUACCUAGGCUGUACGCUGAAGAACGAUGGCAGCUACGAGAAAGAUGUUCAGCAAAGGUGCGCUAAGGCCACUUCUGCAUUUAACUCCUUAACGAAAUGCCUGUGGUCGACCCCCAUCACCAACGAAGUCAAGCUGCGAGUCUACCUAUCCGCAAUUCGCCCCAUCAUGAUGUACAGAUCGGAAACUUGGGCAGCACCAUCAACGGUUAUGGAGAGGCUUGACUGCACGGAACGAAAGCUGCUUAGACGGCUACUUGGCUACUUUUGGCCUAGGGUAUGUCACAAUGAAGAUCUUUACGCAGAAAUUGAUGUGGUAUACCGGCGGAUGACACGUGGAAGACAUCAACAUCUUGCACCGCCAUCGAAAGUCUCUAAAGUAAAUCGUCUUCGCUUCUUUGGUCAUAUAUUAAGGAGACCGGCAGAUCGCCUUGUUCAACGAGUUUUGAGGAGUUCGUCGGGUUCGAGCUGGAAGAAGCCACCUGGCCGAAAACGGAAGUUCUGGACUGAGGCGGUGACAGAGGACCUGAGGACACUCGGCGUGGAGAAGCAGUUCAGGCGAGACAAGAUCGAGAAGGUUGGGCAGAGCUGUGUUCAAGGACGGCACACCUCGGCGAAGAUGCGGGUAAUCGCGUCAGGCGAUGACAUCAGCCCGCCGAUUAAGUCAAUCGCUUGCUUUGUUCUUUUUCUGGCUGAUUGGACUCAAGUUGGAGGGUUCACGCUCAGCAAAACUAAUUAUGAGUCAUGUACCGGAUGGCACGUAUUUAUGAAGACUCGCCACUGUUACAAAAUUUUCCGAUAUACAACAAAUUGGAAUAAGGCAAAAGAGUUUUGUGAAAGUAUUGGUGCUCAUCUCGCGGUAGCUAACUCUCUCGAAGAAUUCGAGUUCAUGAAAAUAUUACAUCUACUGAGCUUCAAUAAGUACACAACAUGGGUUGGACUUUAUCGUGAUGCCACGUCCAACCGUGGUUGGAGGUGGAUAGACGGUUCGACACAAAUGUUUUACGUUUGGAACGAAGGCGAACCAAACAACUUAGGUGGACAAGAAAAUUACGGGAAUCUGGAGCCUAACGGCCUAAUGAACGACAACCGUGUUGAUGCGUGGGGACACAAUUUGGCUGUUAUGUGCGAGUCGGAAAAUUGCGGUGAUGGCCUCCAAGCAAACUAA